AUGUCGCCGAGUAAUUACACCUCGGCCCCGGUCCCGGCCGCGACGAAGCUGAGGCAGCGCCUUAGCGAGACGGACGACCUGAUCCUCCUGCCAGGCGUCUACGACGGCUUCAGCGCCAGGAUCGCGCUCGAGGUCGGGUUCGAUGGCCUCUACAUGACCGGUGCAGGAACCUCCGCUUCUAGACUCGGUCUCCCCGACCUCGGCUUCGCAACUCUGGACGACAUGCGCUCCCACGCUGAGAUGCUCGCCAACCUCGACCCCUCCGUCCCACUGGUCGCUGACGCCGACACGGGCUACGGCGGCCCCAACAUGGUCGCACGCACCGUGACGCAGUACGCUCGCAGCGGCGUCGCCGGCCUGCACAUCGAGGACCAGAUCCAGACGAAGCGCUGCGGCCACCUCACGGGCAAGCAGGUCGUCGACGUCGAGACCUUUGUCGCGCGCAUCCGCGCCGCCACGCUCGCCCGCCAGAAGAUCGGCUCCGACAUCGUCGUCAUCGCGCGGACGGACGCCAUCCAGACGCACGGCUUCGGCGAGGCCAUGGCCAGGCUCAGGGCCGCCGUCGCCGCGGGCGCGGACGUCGCCUUCCUCGAGGGCGUGACGACCGCCGAGGAGGCCAAGGAGGCCUGCGAGGCGCUGAAGCCGACGCCCGUGUUACUUAACAUGGUCGAGCACGGCGCCACGCCGUCGUGGACGGCGGCCGAGGCCAAGGCGCUCGGGUACCGGAUGAUGAUCGUACCCUUCGCGGCCAUCGCGCCUGCGUACGAAGCCAUUCGUGAGUCGCUGGUGAAGCUGAAGGAGACGGGCAAGGUAGGGACGAAAUCGGACUUUUCGCCAAGAAAACUGUUCAGCAUCGUCGGGUUGCAGGAGGCAAUGGACUUUGAUGCAGCGGCAGGCGGGUCCGCGUAUAGCAAGGUGUGA